AUGUAUCGUGGAAAACUGCUGAAAAACUCUUGCUACAAAUUCAUGUUCUUCAAUGGAUUCGCGGACAUCGCUGAUCUUAUGAUGACCACAUACUACACAUCUUAUUUCCAUUUUACUGGCGCAGUAUUUUGUUCAGCUAUAGUCUCCGAGUGGAUCGCAGGACAUCUUGUUUACAGUUUAUGGUUUGGAGCUUCCUUCAACUGCAUAGUUCUAGCUUUCAAUAGACUAGUAGAAAUGGUUCCGUCUCUCAGAGGCCUCCGUUUCCUUUACCAAGGGAAGUUCCUAUAUAUGUGGAUGUUCCUCUCCAUAUUCUAUAUGAUAAUUGUCUGGUUCAUACUUAGACCAAUUCCAUUCAACACAUCGGUCUCUGCUUUUCUUGGUACUCCGAUGAUCGGAGAUCCAGAAUGGGUAAGCAGGAGUGGUAAACAGAUCCUGAAGUAUUAUUUGAGGAAAUAA